CUCCGCCAGCCAACACGGCUUGACGUUCGAGACUGCCGUCGGAGUAGCACUCAGUGUUUACCAUAUGGCUCAUACGGAGGUUGGUCGAAGCUUCAGUCGGAGGGAGGGGUACGUAUAGAGUCUCACCAGAUUCUAGCGUGGCGACAUGCAGUAUGGCUAGAGAGAGAACGUAGUGCUGGCGUCAUUUAAUUCGUGGGCGUUGAUCACGUAUCAAAUGAUGUCUCAUAGCAAUCACCGCAAUGCCCUAGGCGUCACCUCCGAAUAUAAGCUUCUUACUCCUUAGCUUCCACCCAUCCUCGGCCAUGCCGCCACCAUGACGGUCGACGUCACGCUUCAGCCGACCGAUGGCGCCCCGGACGUCGUCCUCCUUUCCAAAAAGUACGACCAAGAAAGGGAGAGGCGCCUGCGUCCAGAUGGCAAUGCUCAGUACCUCGAUCUGAACCUCGAACCGUCUUCACGCCUCAACGCCCUAGCUCACGACCCAUGGGUAGACCACGCGGCACUCAACGCGCAAACGCCAAACCUCCAAGAUGGCCAUGACGUGCGCUUCCUCAUACUGGGUGCAGGCUACGGCGGGCUACUAUACGCCGUGCGAUUUCUGCAGCAGGGGUUCGCAGCUACCGAUAUUCGACUAGUCGACACCGCGGGUGGCUUCGGAGGCACCUGGUACUGGAAUCGCUAUCCGGGCCUCAUGUGCGAUGUGGAAAGCUCUAUCUACAUGCCGUUACUCGAGGAAACGGGGUAUAUUCCCCAGCAUCGCUUUUCAUACGGGCCUGAAUUGAGGCAAUACGCAGAGAUCAUCGCCACAAAAUGGGAUCUUGCUGAUAAGGCAGUCUUUCGCACCGAGCUUGGCUCCCUCGAAUGGGAUGAUAAAAAGAGACGAUGGAGGGCGACUCUAAGCCAGAGUCGUGGACCAAACGAGCGAAACAUCACGAUGACGGUAACCUCGCAGUUUGUCGUCGUGGCAAACGGGCUGCUCAACCACCCCAAGACGCCCAGAGUCCUAGGUCUCGGGGAGUUUAAGGGCAACAUGAUGCAUACCGGACGAUGGGACUAUAGAAUUAGUGGCGGAUCACCUCAGGACUGGCGUCUGGACGGGUUCAAGGGCAAAAAGGUUGGUAUUGUCGGCACAGGCGCGACGGCCGUCCAGUGCGUCCCAGAGCUAGCAAAGUGGGCGGACCAUCUCUACGUCUUCCAGCGGACGCCAUCGGCCAUCGACGAGCGUGGGCAGAGGCAGAUGACGGUCCAGGAGUGGAAGUCGGUGGCCCCCAGCGACGGAUGGUGGCGCGCGCGGAAUCGCAACUUCCACCACGUCUUGUCAGGCGUCCCUGUUAAGAAGAAUCUCGUUGAUGAUGGCUGGACCACGGUGAACGCCUACAAGUACCUCUGCGGAGGUCCUCAUGAUCCGCCGCUGGCCAUGGAAGACAUCCCUGCACAUGUGGGCAGCGCGUUCGCCCUGGACGCACCGCGCUCCGAAAGAUUGAGACGUCGAGUAGACAAAAUAGUCGUCAAAGACAAGGCGACUGCAGAAGCGCUUAAGGCUUGGUACCCGUCAUAUUGCAAGCGACCCUGCUUCCAUGAUGAAUACCUGCCUACUUUCAAUCUUCCACACGUCACUUUGGUGGACACCCAAGCCAAAGGAAUCGACGAGGUCACGCGCGCUGGAGUUAUUGCUGGGGGCAUCGAAUACGAGCUGGACAUUAUCGUCUGGGCCACGGGUUACCGUGCCCCGGCAGACAGCAGGUCUGAACCGGGCAGGCGAUCCAACGUCACCAUCACUGGCCGGAAUGGCACGACCCUCGCGCAAAAGUGGCGGGAUGAAGGACCCGGCACUUUACACGGAGCCUUUACACGCGGAUUCCCCAAUCUGGUACUUACAGGGCCCUCGCAGACUGGCGUCUCGCCCAACUGGAUGUAUGUGCAGGACGUUCUGUCGCGACAUGCAGCCCACAUAGUAUCCGAGGCAGUGCGACUCGCGGGGGACGACAGGAGCGGCGAGAUGUUAGCCAUCGAGCCCACAAAGGAAGCCGAGGAGACCUGGGCGGGCCACAUCAUGUCGCGAGGGGCCUGGUUGGCGCCGCUUCAGUCGUGUGGGCCGAGUUACGUCAACAACGAGUGCCAGAAGCAGACCCACGAAGAGAUGAUGAAAACGCUCAGGGGGGGCCCCGACAUGCGGGGCCUUGCAGCUUUCGAAGACACUCUGGAGCGGUGGCGAGCGGCGGGCGGCCUGCAGGGCGUCGAGGUGACUUGGUGAAUUCAAGUGUCCCCCAAAAAGCCAACAAACUCUAAUCCCCCCUUCUUUCCCCCUUUCACCCAGAUUAUUAUUAUAGUUUUCGGGUUGGAGGCCGUCUUGUAGUCGGAUCUUGCCCCUCAGCGCUAAGCAGUGUCGGGCCCACGUUUUGUUCUGCUUGGCUUGGGUCCGUCGAUCGUCGAAGUGGGAUUGUGGAGGGUGGGCCGCGAAAACGAGUGGACGCCUCCCCGGACGCGCGACCAGCGGGUCGGGCCUUGAAUCAACGUCGGACAAGCAGGGGUCUGUCUGCAUUCCUCUAGAGCCACAAUGUCGCUGACCUCAGGAGUUGUAUUCGAAUCGGCAUUUUUGAAGGGUUUGUUGUCGACGUUGCCGCAAAGAUUUUCGAAGAAAAGGGGGCGAGGUGCUUCAAGUCGCUUCAUGUUGUUGGUAUGGCGGCAAGCUGUUUUUGGGAUUGCGAAAUUUGGCUGUGGGCCGGGAAAACCAGGCAGUUCGCAGCCUGAACAAGGCACAUGCAGGACUGAACACUCGUCGAGAACGCGGCCACCACCACAAAACAACGGAAGAGAAUCAUGCGAAGAAAAAUGCCUUGACCGCAUGCACCAUACGCCGUUGUUUGAUUUUCACUUGCAGAGAAUUUGGAAAUCUGGUAAUUGGAGGCACUGGGCCGACUCCCUUGUCCCUGUUGCGUGUACCCAACGUGUUGUUUUUUUCGUACCUGGGGCCCAAAUGUGUACUCGAAGUCAACGGCCA